AUGACUGCAACGUCUCUGUUUUCGCAGCUCAAGGCUCACCUGGCCAACACGCAAGCCAAGAUCUACUCAUCUGAUGCAGAAGGCUACAAGCAAGUCGAACAAUGUUUUGUUGAAAAACCGGUUCAGACUCUUGGUGUAAUCAGACCUCAGAGCAGCGAUGAAGUUGCUUUAAUAGUGCAGUUCUGCUUGGAGCACGGCGUCGAGUUCAGCGUGCGAGGCGGAGGCCACGACUGCGCCAGUCGAACAUUGGUCGACGGGGCGCUCGUGAUUGACAUGCGAGAUAUCAAGCACGUUGUCAUUUCUGAAGACAAGAAAAGCGCAAGAGUUGGCGGAGGUAUUCUUAGUGGUGAUUUGGCCAGGACCUUGGUGAAACAAGGUUUGAGUACGCCUACUGGUACUGUCGCGAGUGUAGGAUAUACUGGAUGGGCGACUCUCGGAGGCUACGGUCCGCUGACAUCGCAUCAUGGUCAGGGUGUCGAUCAGAUCAUUGGAGCAAAUAUCAUCAAUGCUCGUGGAGAAGUCCAGGAUGCUAAUGAAGAACUGCUUGUCGGCAUUCGAGGUGGCGGCGGCUCACUCGGUGUAAUCGUUGAGCUUACUAUCAAAGUCUACCCAAUCAACAAGAUCCUCUCGUCUAUGAUCAUCUACGACUCAACCGACCUAGCCUCAGCUCUAAACUCCUACACCCAGCACUACGAAAGGCUUCUCGCAUCAGGCCAACUCCCGGUGUAUCUACAACUGCAACCGAUGAUCGCCCAAAUGCCAGGUCAACCCGUCAGUCUCAUGGUCAUCGCGACAUGGCACGGCGAAGACAAAGACCAAGGCCGAACUUGGAUAAAGAACAUAGCUGGAGCAGCAACUUGCGUAAUGGAGAAUACACAGGAGAUUACACUUGCGGAAAUGCUUGAGAACAAUGAGAAAUUGGUCACCUGGCCUUCAUACGGCCGAGUCUACACUCUCAACUGUAAGACUCUAACCAAGAAGGCGAUUGAUAUCCUAGCAAAGCACUGCGUCAAUGCACCAGGCGGAAGUCUGAUCUUCUCAUAUCAUACGCUCCUCUCAGGACAAGAGCCUGAACAAAAGUCCGUUUUCGGUACAAGAGCUCGUCAUCAUAUGUUUGAGAUCUACGCCAUUCUUGCAGAUAAAGAUAUGGCAGAGGAGCGGGUCCAGUGGGCUGCUAAGGUCAAGGCUGAGCUUCAGGCAGAAGAUGCGGAUAAUAUCCUGGAGGGGUCGUAUAUAUCGCUUGGUUCUCAUGAGGACGCUGAUGUCAAGAAGAUCUAUGGGAAGCAUUAUGAGACACUGGCGGCUUUGAAGAGGAAGUAUGAUCCUGAGAAUGUGUUUAAGCAUAGCGUUCCGAGACUGAUGCUUGCUGAAGAGGGGGAUGAGAUUGUUGAGGCCUGA